AUGACUCCGCACCGCAUUCCUCAUUCUGCGUCCUUGGACCCCGACGUGAAACGGUGUAUAAGAAGCCAGGUUCCCCGCUUAUUUAUUGAUGUUCCCCCCUCCAGGUUACUACACAUAAUCACAAUGGAGAAGAAAGUAUCUUCAGAAGACCAUCCCGUUCCCAGCGAAGACGCCAGUUCCGGCACCGUUGAGCCAUAUCACGAGACGAAGCGUGGUCUGGCCUCCCGACAUGUACAACUCAUGGCCAUCGGCGGCUCGAUUGGCACAGGCCUUUUCGUCGGUAUUGGAUCGUACCUGCGCGAUGCCGGACCAUUCUCAUUACUAUUAGGGUACAUUAUCUGGGGUUGCUUGUUUAUUCUACCUGUCAACUUGAGUGUUGGGGAGAUGGUGGCCUAUCUCCCUGUUCGAGGAUCGAUCUUCGAGUUGGCGGCGCGAUUUAUUGAUCCUGCGUUUGGAUUUGCCAUGGGCUGGGUAUACUUCUACGGAUGUGUAAUGCUAGUAUGUACGGAAUACGCCGCUGUCGCAACGGUCAUGCAAUAUUGGACUACAAGCGUCAAUCCUGCAGUUUGGGUGGCAAUGGCUCUUGUCGUUUGUUCUCUGCUCAAUUUCGUCGCUGUAAAAUACUACGGAGAAAGCGAGUUUAUCAUGGCAUCGACGAAGUUCUUGCUUCUUAUAGGUCUCGUCUUGUUGACUUUCAUCACGAUGGUUGGGGGAAACCCCAAGCACGACGUCUAUGGUUUCCGCAAUUGGACACACGGCGUCAUGUUCGAGUACUAUACCGACGGUGUGACGGGGAGGUUUCUAGGAUUCUUUUCCGUCAUGGUCUACGCCGCGUUCUCGAUUGCUGGACCCGAUCUUCCGGCUCUGGCCGCCGGCGAGAUUCAGAAUCCCAGAUACACCAUUGCGCGCGUCGUCAAAGCGACAUUCUGGCGUAUUGUUGGAUUCUACGUUGUCGGUGUAUUAGCCGUCGGUAUCAUUUGCAGUCCACGCGACCCUCGUCUCAUGUCAGCGAUUAACUCUGGUGCAUCUGGAUCUGCUGCGUCGCCUUGGGUCAUUGGUAUUGAAAAUCUGAGAAUCUCGGGCCUUCCAGAUCUGAUUAAUUUGCUCAUUCUGCUUUCCGGUUGGUCUUGCGGGAAUGCCGAUCUCUAUAGUGCCAGUCGAACUCUAUAUUCUCUCGCCCGCGACGGCCAAGCACCUAAAAUCCUCUUAAAAUGCACUGCAUCGGGUAUUCCCGUCUACUGUGUACUGACGGUCUCGCUUCUUUCUUGCGUCACUUUUCCUUGUCGCGGGAUCCUCUUCCGUGACGGUUUUCUACUGGUUCGUCGACCUGACCACCCUCGCAUUGGUCCUCACAUAUACGGGAAUGCUUUGCGUGUUUAUUGGAUGCAAUUCGUCCCUUGGGCUUCUCCAUGGCAGCCGUAUGCCGCUAUUUGGGCCAUCGUCCUUGGCAGUGCUACCGCCAUCUUUAACGGAUUCUGGGUCUUCAAGCCGUUCAGUGUGCAAGGGUUCGUGACCUCGUAUUUCGGGCUGGCAUUCUGGAUCUUCAUGUAUUUGUUUUGGAAAGUUUCCCAUCGCACGAAAUUGGUGGACCCCGCCGAGGCAGACUUGUAUUCUGGCAAAGCCGAAGUUGAUGAGGAAUGCAAACUCUGGGAAGAUGGUGGGUGGGAGGAACGGAGGAAGGCUGAACUGGCGCAGAUGAAUUGGGGGCGUCGAGUUUGGGAGAAAAUGUGGUGA